CUAGCUAGUAAUAUUAUUACUACAAAUUAAAGAAUUUAAUUAGGCCAAAAAAGAUGGGCUUAUUCGACAUAUCGCAUUUAGUUAUUUUUUCUCAUCUAAUAAUUGUUUUAGUUUGUUUCAUUUGCCCAAGCUUUGGUUACAAACCUAAACACUUCAAUUUGUCCACCCAUGCUACUCACUGGGGGACGGCCGGCGCUACUUGGUAUGGCAGCCCCCAUGGUGCUGGUAGUGACGGAGGAUCUUGUGGUUAUGGGAGUGCAGUAUCACAAGCACCUUUCUCUUCCUUUGUUACUGGAAUCGGUCCAUCCCUUUAUAAAUCUGGAAAAGAAUGUGGAGCUUGUUACCAGGUGAAAUGUACAAAGAAGAUGCAUCGAUCGUGUUCAGGCAAGGGAGUAAGAGUGGUGAUAACAGAUUUUUGCCCAGGAGGACCUUGUGUGGCUCAAUCAGCACAUUUUGACUUAAGUGGAACUGCAUUUGGUUCAAUGGCUAUACCUGGACAAGAACAAAAACUCAGAGAUGCUGGUGUCUUGCAAAUACGUUAUGCUAGGGUGGCGUGUGAUUAUUCAAGGAAAAACAUAGCGUUCCACGUUGAUCAAGGUUCAAACUCGGAGUACUUUGCAGUUGUGAUAGAAUUUGAAGAAGGAGAUGGUGAUCUUGCUAAAGUUGAAUUGAAGGAAAAAAGAAGCAGCAUUAUUAAUAGAGCAAAGAAUUAUAAAUGGAGGCAAAUGCAGCAGUCUUGGGGUGCUGUUUGGAAACUGGAUGCUGGCUCUGAGUUACACCCUCCCUUUUCUAUUCGAUUGACUUCACAAUAUUCUGACCAGAUACUAAUAGCCAACAAUGUGAUUCCUACUGGUUGGCUGCCUGGUGCUACGUAUCGAUCCCUCGUCAAUUAUAGAGUUUAAGUUUUAUG